AUGUACGGUGUCGUGGAAAGAAAAUGUGCAACCAUCUUGUAAACCUAACUAACAUGAUCAUACUUAUUGUGUAGAAUACUGUGCAUUUUACCAUCAGUUGUCUGAAAAAAAAAAUAAUGAAAAGUUAUUUAAACGUAUUGCAGCAAUUUAGUGCAAGUAUUGCGUUAGGUUAACAUGGGUCGGAACAUUUUUUUCAGGGUGCUUGUUUAACCUUAAUAAACGUGGUUUGCUGAGAGUGUGUGUCACACUAGUUUUGCAAUCAAAAACUUUUCAUCAUGCCUAAGGAACGCGUCUCAAAGAAAUCUCGGGUACACCAAGAAGUUCAGAAACAAGGUAUAAACUUUAACAAAGAUUUUGGACAACACAUUUUGAAAAACCCGCUGAUUGUGAACAGUAUGGUAGAAAAGUCAGCACUCAGGCCGACAGAUGUAGUUUUGGAAGUUGGCCCUGGAACAGGCAAUAUGACUAUGAAGUUACUGGAAAAAACAAAAAAGGUUAUAGCUUGUGAAAUAGAUCCUCGAAUGGCAGCUGAGUUACAGAAAAGAGUCCAAAGCACGCCUGUACAGAAUAAAUUACACCUGAUAGUAGGAGAUGUGUUGAAGACUGAACUGCCUUUCUUUGAUAUCUGUGUUGCGAACUUACCCUACCAGAUUUCUUCUCCUUUUGUGUUCAAACUGUUGUUACAUCGGCCGUUUUUCAGGUGUGCUGUGGUGAUGUUUCAAAGAGAGUUUGCUCAGAGACUUGUGGCCAAACCUGGAGAAAAACUCUACUGUCGUCUGUCAGUCAACACACAACUCCUUGCCAGAGUAGACCACCUUAUGAAGGUGGGAAAGAACAACUUCCGACCACCACCUAAAGUAGAGUCAAGCGUUGUCAGGAUUGAGCCUAGAAACCCUCCUCCUCCCAUAAACUUCCAGGAAUGGGAUGGAUUAGUGAGGAUAUGUUUCUCUCGGAAAAACAAAACUCUUGGAGCUGCAUUCAAGUUCAAUACAGUCCUGGAACUUCUGGAGAAAAACUACAGAACACACUGUUCCCUACAUUCUAUUCCGGUACCUGCAGAUUUUGACAUUAAAUCAAAGGUUAAUGAUCUCCUGACGGAAAAGGACUUUGAAAAGAAACGAGCUCGAACUAUGGACAUCGAUGAUUUCCUUGGAUUGUUAAACUGUUUCAACUCAGCUGGAUUCCACUUUUCUUAACAGACUAACAUGAACCAAGUGUGGAGGUUGUUGGUAAGGAUGCUACUAAACCUAGAUCUCUACGUCGAUCUGGAUACAGCUUCGGUAGAUAUCCGAAUGAAGCGUCAAUAAACCUAGAUCUCUACGUCGAUCUGGAUACAGCUUCGGUAAUUAUCUGUGAAUGAAGUGUCAAUAAACGCAGGAUAACUCGGUCAAUCUGGAUACAGCUUCGGUAAUUAUCUGUGAAUGAAGUGUCAAUAAACGCAGGAUAACUCGGUCAAUCUGGAUACAGCUUCGGUAAUUAUCUGUGAAUGAAGUGUCAAUAAACGCAGGAUAACUCGGUCAAUCUGGAUACAGCUUCGGUAGAUAUCCGAAUGAAGCGUCAAUAAACCUAGGAUCUCUACGUCGAUCUGGAUACAGCUUCGGUAAUUAUCUGUGAAUGAAGUGUCAAUAAACGCAGGAUAACUCGGUCAAUCUGGAUACAGCUUCAGUAGUUGUCUGUGAAUGAAGAAUCAAUAAACGCAGGAUAACUCGGUCAAUCUGGAUACAGCUUCGGUAGAUAUCUCAAUAAAGCAUCAAUAAACCGAGGAUAUCUCCAUCUACCUAGAUACAGCUUCGGUAGAUAUCGGAAUGAAGAAUCAAUAAACCUAGGAUAUCUUUGUCAAUCUGGAUACAGCUUCGGUAGAUAUCCGAAUGAAGCGUCAAUAAACCCAGGAUAUCUACGUCGAUCUGGAUACAGCUUCGGUAGAUAUCUGUGAAUGACUGCUAUUGGCUCCCAAAGUUAGAGUAUGUUCACAUUGAUGUACAGAUAAAAGGUUAAAAAGCUGUUUAGAAGGACAGGACAACUUGUACAGUUGUUAAUAGCUAUUGUCUUAGAAGGACAGGACAACUUGUACAGUUGUUAAUAGCUAUUGUCUUAGGACAGGACAACUUGUACAGUUGUUAAUAGCUAUUGUCUCUGAAAUAGAACUUUUAUUGUAGGUUUGUAUUGAACCGUUUUGUUUCUAUAGAUGGUUUGUUAAACGUGGCUAGAAAUAUCUGUAUUUUGCUGUUAGAAAAGUAGAGCAUCGCAGGACUUGUUGAUCCUGGUAACCUGGUAACAUGUUUGUAUUCGGGUGUGGUUAGCUGGUAACAUGUUUGUAUUCGGGUGUGGUAACCUGGUAACAUGUUUGUAUUCGGGUGUGGUUAGCUGGUAAUAUGUUUGUAUUCGGGUGUGGUUAGCUGGUAACAUGUUUGUAUUCGGGUGUGGUUAGCUGGUAACAUGUUUGUAUUCGGGUGUGGAGAGAGAUUGUGUAACAAGUAUUGAAAACAGGAUUUUUCCAUCGUUUUUCUUCAUAAAUUAUAAGACCAAUAUAACCUGCAUUGCAAUCAUUUAUUAUUAUAAAAAUAAUUGUACAUUGGUUUAAUGGGACAAUAACUGUUCCAGAUCUAAGAGUUAUAUUGUUGUGUGACUCCCAGAUACAUGUAGUAGGGUUAGAUAUAUAUGCUCUUAUAAUAUUGGUCCUUGGUAACAUUCAUACUGGAUAAAAUUGAUCGUCCUCGUAUAAGAAUUUCAUAUACAUAAUGUACAUAAAUGAAUAGACAUAUAUUUGUGAACAUAAAGUACAAUGGUUUUGCCGCUUCUAACACAAACCAGUCAUACUUAGAAGGGGUUUCACUUGAAAAACAAGGGUAUAUUACAACUCAACAGGUCGUAUAUCUUUUUUUCACAAAAAUGUGUCGGUGCAAAAAUAAAUCUAAGUAUUUACGAGGUAAAGGGAUAAAUAGUAAUAAUAAAACUGACCAUAAUGCUGUCCCCAAAAUUGUGAGUGGUUGUCAGAUUAUAAUCACAAAUUUAAAAGUGACCUAUCAGAAUUUUCUAACCUGUCAGAUUUAGGGGACUACAGAACAAAGUGAUUGAGAUAAAGCAGAAUAUAUAACAAAAAUAUAAACCCCAUGAUCUGAUGACAGCAAUUAACAUUAGUGGCAAUAUUACACUUUACUUUUACUUGGGUUAAAGCUUGAAAAGUGUCUGGGUUCCUGAAAUACUGAAAUAGCUGGUUGUCAGAAUUUAACAGGUAUAUAUGGGGGAAAAUAUUUCCAAAAUACUGAAUUCAGUAUUAAUACUGAACACUUUUAUUCAUGCUUUUAGUUAAACUCCAAUAAUAUUUCGUUUGUGUACAUGAUAUGUCAUAUUAAUUUAUUGAAAUGAAAAAAUAUUCAACACUUUUGCAUUGGAGUGGAAUUAGAAAAUUAAACACAAAGUAUAUACAUGUAUUGAAGUGAAGAAGAAAUUGAUAUAGAUAAUUUGUCAGCGCCAUUAAUCUUCACACAACAAAUGAAGCCAAAUGUAGUCAUGCAUAUUUUAAAACUGCCUGUCUUGUGAUAGGCAAAAUGACUGUUUAAAAGCUGUGAGCUGAUGAGAAUGUGUAUGGAAGUUUGUCUGUGAUAAGUUUGUUAUGAUUGGUAUACAUUGUUUACCACAAUGACAAAUUGACAAUUAAAUAAAUUUUCAGUUAUUAAAUU